AUGCCAGAAAAUAAAGUUUUUCCUUGGGUUGAGAAGUUUGGGGGAACAUCUGAUCCGGUGAAACACUUACGAUCGUCUGUGGAUGCUAUGGCAGUGUAUUCCUCUGAUGAGUUGGUCUGGUGCAGGGUGUUCUCCUUAUCACUGAGAGAUGAAGCUUUAGAUUGGUUUCAUUCGUUGCCACCUCGGAGCAUUGACGGUUUUGUUACUCUGAGGCAUCUGUUUACCCAACAGUACGCAUCGAAUCGGUCUCGAGGCUUAACGUAUACGGCACUUGUCAGAAUGAAGCAAAGGCGAGAGGAAUCGUUGAAAGAAUUUAUGGAACGUUUCAACCGAACCGCGCGGCAGGUACGGAAUGCCGAUCAACGAUUGGUAGUCGGCACUCUUACCACUGCUUUAAGGCCAGGACCUUUUGUGGAUUACCUGUAUGAGGAGGAACCCCAAUCGAUGGAUGAGCUGCAACAUAAGUUGGCUGGGUUCAUUCGAGUGGAGGAAGGGAGAGCCCAUCGGGGUGAGCAGUGGGAGGGGGAGGCAUCGGGAGUACCUGGAGGAAGAACGGGGCAAGAUAGGCGGGGGGAGAAGAGGCAGAACGAAGGAGAAUUUAGAAGAGUGGUAAGGAGAGAGCCUGAGACUAGGGGAAUUCAGCAAUAUGUUCAUCACACGCCUUUGAACGCUCCAAGGGUAAGAGUGAUGGAGGAGGCUUUGAGGGCUCAUUUGUUAUCGGUGGUGCGGUCGCCAACUCCGCGGGGGGCGGAUGAGAGCAAACACUGUAGAUAUCAUCAGAAUAGGGGGCAUUCCACUGAGGAUUGUGUCACGCUGAAGGAUAAGUUGGAGAGUUUGGUCCAAGCAGGCCAUUUGAGGGAAUUUGUGCAGAGGGUAAAUCCCCGAGUGGGGAGAAGUCGGGCGGGACAAGGGGAACUGCAGCCGGUCGUACGUAGAGAUCCACCCGGAAACGAACGACCCGAAACGAAUGGGGGGAAUGAAAGACCCUUAAGGGGAAUUAUAAAUACCAUAUCAGGAGGAUUUGCAGGAGGGGGGCCGUCUUCAGCUGCUCGGAAGAGGCAUUUAAGGAGCUUGCUCAAUGUUAACGGGAUUAGGAUGGCACGGAGGACCAUGCCCAUAAUUACAUUCUCAGAUGAAGACUUUCAUGCUCCCGAUCCUUACCAGGAUGAUCCCAUGGUGAUAACAGCCAUUAUUGCUCGCUAUAGUGUGGGCAAGGUGCUUGUGGAUCAAGGAAGUUCGGCGAUAUCUUGUACUGGAAGACGUUCCAACAAAUGGAUAUACCGAACGAGUCGAUCAUGCCAUUCCACGAGCAGAUAUUGGGAUUUGCAGGCGAACGAGUAG